AUGAGCUCUUCAGGAGAUCGCUACGCCAGAGAUGCGAAUGGGUUCUCGUCUCCGGACGCGGAUAUAACCCACAGCCAUUCAAAGCGAGUACCGCAACCACAGCGCCAGACUAUUGCACCCCGAGAUGUCAUGCUGCAUCAACACCCGCUCCAAACUCAACAUCCUGGAACAGCCUACCAUCCGUAUCAGAGCCGAUCCUAUCAACACACAGCCCCAAGCCAAGACAAGCUGCCAUAUACCUAUGCUCCAUCAACUCAGCCCGCCUACCAGGGGAGUCGUAAUACCCAAGGAUCCAACGAUACUCCUGGCGAUCAAUACCAAGUAAAUUUGCCUGGGGUUCAGCACUCGCUUGAUGACCCUCGACAAAGAACAACCAACUUCGUUAACGGCCAGCAAGUUCGAAUCGAAUCAUCCACUGAUGUAGCCGAGCAGAACGGUAUCAGACGUGGCACCAACACUAUCUCACAAUUUGACAACCAGUUCACUAGGACUGUUGACACCAACACUCCGGCCAGAAAUGCUCAGAGUGGCGAUCGACAUCCUCAAUAUACUCGUCAGAGUUAUCCUGGCUAUCCCAGAACCCUCUACUAUCACGCCCAGAACGAUAGCUCGCCACAUACACAGCGUUGA